AUGCCUCUCGUUCUUGAAUCCAGAAACCUGGAUAUCCACUUCAGAAAAGACGAGGACUCCAUCAAGGAUGGUGUCUACACAGUGUCCGACAAGGACAGAAGCUUGUCACAGCACCCAGAGUUCCUGCCUUCGUGGGAUCCUAAGCAAAAAUACCCCAAGCUGCAGCCAUUCAAGCACAGAGACCGCGGACUGUUUGCUGACCCUCAGUACAAGAAUUUGCUAGCCGAGGCCACUGGUCCAAUCGAACAAUUGAACGUUACCCCCAAGCUGGGAACUGAGGUCAGAUCUGGUAUCCAAAUAUCGCAGUUGUCUCCAGCAGCCAAAGAUGACCUUGCCUUGCUGGUGGCUGAGCGUGGUGUGGUGAUUUUCAGAAACCAAGAUUUCAAGGACAAAGGACCCGAAUUUGCCAAACAGUGGGGUUCCUACUACGGCCCAUUGCAUGUUCAUCCAACCUCCGGUGCUCCACUAGGAUAUCCAGAGUUUCACGUAACUUACAGAAGGUCGAGCCCCAAGGAGUUUGAGAAGGUGUUUUCCAGAAGGGUCAACAACAUCACAUGGCACACAGAUGUCAGCUACGAGCUGCAGCCACCAGGAUUAACUGUCUUCACCAUGUUGCAAGGUCCUGAUAACGGUGGUGGAGACACAAUUUUUGCGGACACAGUUGAGGCUUACGAGAGAUUAUCACCUUUGAUGCAGAGUAUGAUUGACAACCUAAAGGUUGCGCACACAUCUUCUGACCAGGCCAAAGAUUCAGUUGAUAAGGGUGGUAUUGAGAGAAGGGCCCCAGUGGACUCGAUCCACCCUCUUGUCAGAUGGCAUCCGGUCUUGAAGAAGAAGAUCCUUUACAUUCAGAAAAGUUUUGGAAGAAGAAUUAUAGGAUUGAAGCAGGAAGAGAGUGACAAUCUACUCUCAUUUUUGAUUAAUCAUGUCGAGACUGCUUUGGAUCUGCAACUCAGAGCUAGAUGGGAACCUGGUACCGUUGUUGUUUGGGACAACAGAAGGGUUUUGCACUCGGCAGUUUUGGACUGGAACUCUGCUGAUGCCAGACACGCAUAUAGAAUCACUCCUCAGGCUGAAAGACCCGUUCAUUCGCAAGAAGAGUAUGAUAACUGGACCGUUGAGAAUGAACUGGAAGAGCUCAAGAGCUUGGAGGCAACUCUUGCUGCUGAUCCGUACGAAUUGGAUGUUACGCUGGAUGGGCUUAAAAUUUAA